AUGGCAAAGGAGAAGUCCUUUUCAUGGUCGCUGAAUUCAUCCUUUGCCACAACAAACUUUCCAUCAACUGAGUCUCCCACAUCAGCUCUGUCAACAUCUCCUGCCAGUACAAGCUCUUCUACAACUGAGUCUCAAACAGCAGAACCUACAACCUCUGCCACAACAAACUUUCCAUCUACUGAGUCUCCCACAUCGGUUCCUUCAAAAUCUCCUGCCAGUCCGAGUGCUUCUACAGCUGAGACUCAAACAACAGAACCUACAACACCGUCUGCAAGUGCAAGCCCUUCAGAUUCUCAAACAGCAGAACCCACAACAUCUACCACAACAAAUGCUCUUUCAACUGAGACUCAAACUUCCACAACUCCUUUAACAUUGCCCGCCAGUACAAACUCUUCUGCAACUGAGUCUCAAACAGCAGAACCUACAACAGUCUUUGCCACAACAAACCCCCCAUCAACUGUGUCUCCAACAUCAGCUCCUUCAACUCCUACUAUCAGUACAAGUUCUUCUACAACUGAGUCUCAAACGGCAAAACCUACAACAUCUCCUGCCAGUACAAGCUCUACUACAACUGAGACAGCAGAACCUACAACCUUUGCCACAACAAAUUUUCCAUCAACUGUGUCUCCCACAUCAGCUCCUUCAACAUCUCCUGCCAGUACAAGCUCUUCUACAACUGAGCCUCAAACAGCAGAACCUACAACCUCUGCCACAACAAACUCUCCAUAUACUGAGUCUCCCACAUCAGUUCUUUCAACAUCUCCUGCCAGUCCAAGUGCUUCUACAACUGAGACUCAAACAACAGAACCUACAACACCGCCUGCAAGUGCAAGCCCUUCAGAUUCUCAAACAGCAGAACCCACAACAUCUACCACAACAAAUGCUCUUUCAACUGAGACUCAAACUUCCACAACUCCUUUAACAUUGCCCGCCAGUACAAACUCUUCUGCAACUGAGUCUCAAACAGCAGAACCUACAAUCUUUGCGACAACAAACCCUCCAUCAACUGUGUCUCCAACAUCAGCUCCUUCAACAUAUCUUGUCAGUACAAGCUCCACGACAACUGAGACAGCAGAACCUACAACAUCUGCAGCCAGUGCAAGCUCUUCUACAACUGAGUCUCAAACAGCAGAACCUACAACAGCCUGUGCCACAACAAACACUCCUUCAACUGAGACUCAAACAUCCAUCACUUCUUUAACACCACCUGCCUUUACAAGCUCUACUACAACCGUGACUCAAACAGCAGAACCUACUACCUCUGCCACAACAAACCCUCCAUCAACUGUGUCUCCAACAUCAGCUGCUUCAACACCACCUGCCAGUACAAGCUCUUCUUCAGAGUAUCAAACAGCAGAACCUACAAGUUCAGCAUGA